AUGGUGCAGCUUUACAACCUGCACCCGUUCGGGUCGCAGCGAGUGGUGCCCUGCAGGCAGGAGCCCGCGCUCUUCUGCUGCGGCCGCGAUGUGCUGUUCGUGGCGGGCACGGCGGGCAGCUGCCGGGUCGAGGUGUUCGCCCUGCGCGACCAGGGCGGCUGCGAAGCGCUGGGCUCGUUCGCCACGCUGGGGGCCGUGCUGCGCAUGGCGCACAGCCCGGCAGGAGACUAUCUGGUGACAAUUGAAGAAAAAAGCAAAGCAACUUUCCUAAGAGCAUACGUGAACUGGAGAUGCAUGUCUGCAGGGAGUUCUCGUGUUUGUGUUCGGAUGGUUGGUCACAAGAUGGAGGAGUCAUACAGUGAAACCUUAAAAGAACAGAUGUCAAUUGUGGAAAUGCCACUUUCAGAUCCUCCGCUGUGCGUUUCAUGUUGUCCUGUAACUGGGGACCUUCUUGUGGGCUGCGCAAAUAAGCUGGUUGUGUUCUGUUUGAAAUACCUGGUCAUAAACCAGAAUUUGACUGUGUUAGACUUUGAGCGCUCCUUAAUUUUGCACAUUGAUAACGUUGUUCCAGCUGAAGUUGCGUUCUGUGCCAAACAUAUAGCCAUAACAACAGAGCUGGAUGUUCUGAUCCUGAAACUGGAACUGGUCCAGCAAAGUGCAGGCAGGACAGAGCAGUGUGCACAUGGGGUUAGCACACUAGAACAGCCUGUGGAUGGGGGUGUAAAAGAUGAAGGCCCUUCAACAGACAGUUUGCAGCUUGAAUUAGAUGAGUUCAUCAUAUGUCAGAAGCCAGUGGAACUGCUUGGGGAAGAAAGCCAGCACUGUGAGAUACCCAUCACACUGGAAUCCACAGCGUUACCUAUGGAAGAGACAAAGCACUUCCAGGUGCACUAUCUGCUUUUCAGGCGUUUUACACCCGACCAGUCUCCUUUUGGGUUUUGUGAAGAGACAACACUGCACUCUGUUCAGCUGCUUCCUGUGUACCAGACAGGAAGUUCUGUGACAGCCCAUGAGGAAACUGAGAGCAAGAGAGAACUACUGAGUCUCUUUUGCUUUUUCUCUUUACCUCAUGUUGGAUACCUCUACUCUAUUGGGAAGUUAGUGGAGCUGAUUUCUACUUACCAAUAUUCAGAGAAGUCAGAGCAGGCAGUUCUCACUCCACAGUUCCUGCAUGUCAUUACAAGUGAGAAGCUGCAGUGUUUCACGGUGCGAUGCAGCGCAGCAGCAGCUCGGGAUGAGGAUCCAUAUAUUGAUACCACUGUGAAGGCUUGUCCACCUGUCACACUGGAUGUCUGCACAUUAAGGAUGCAGCUUUUUAUAGGACCAAGAGCUAUCUGUCAUUUCAGAAACCAUAUCAUUCUUUUGACUAAGGCUGACACGGAAGAUAUUACUGAAAGAAGGAAGCCUACAAGAAGGAUGAUCUCCAAAAAGGCUGACAGCAUCAAAUCCAGAGCAAAUUCUGAGUCAGAACCUGGUUGGAAUUUAUAUAUUAUAAACACUGUUUCAACUCUUCAGCUUUACAGAGAAAUGGUAGAUUAUAGUAGAACUUACGAAAAUGUGAAAACAGAGAGUUGCAUCCAUCUGCUCAGUGAGGCUCACUUACUGGUCAGAGCAGCUAUAAUGGACCCUGGUUUCCCUAAAUCAGACGAGAAAGAAGAAAUUCUAAGAGCAUUCAGAGAAAGUUGUGCCUUUUUAGGAGACUGCUACAGCAAGUUUGACACAAGAGAUUACCAUCUUGCUUUGCCAUACUACAGAAUGUCAGGUUUAUCCAUGACUGAAGUUUUAAAGAGACUAGUUUCAGAAGGUGAUGAAAUACAGACAUAUGAGAAAGGAUUUAUAUUUUACUUGACUCACUCUCUUAAUGAAGAAUUAAAUGAAGAAUUAAGUAAGGAAUCAGCAAAUAAGGUUCUCCAAAUAUUCUAUCUAGCUGACCCUGAGCAGCUGCCUCAUAUCCUCUGCAGUCCUUGCAUGAAGAAUGCAUGUCCUUUGACAGCUGUGGGGUAUCUGCAGAAGGUAGAAAAGAUGAUGCCAUCAGUGGUCCUAACACUCAGCAAGGCUUCCAUGGCUCUGAGAAUGGGGGACCUGGUGUUGUAUGGACGUGAGAUGGACUCCUGUAAGGAGGCAACUUUGACUUGUGGCUUCACUGGACAACCAAAACUCCUGAGGCAGCACAAGGAAGGAGUCGUUACUCCAACUGAGUUUGCUGUUCACCUGAAGGAGACACAGCCUGGUUUACUGGUGGCUGCCACUGUGGCUUUACAUGAGAACAGUAAAAUGGAACUGGAAGAAGCAGAGACCUUUUUCAAGAUGUUGUGUAGUAACAGUGAGAACAGUAUUCCUCAGCUCUUGGUGGAUUUCUGGGAAGCUCUUCUUGUAGUGUGCUCUCAGGAAGAAGUAGUUCAGGAGCUUUUACUGAGGAUUACUUCUCAGUAUGUUUGGAGAAUAUCAAAGAAACAACUUCCUGAGACUAAGCCAUUGAAAACAACAGAAGAUCUGAUAAACUCCUGUAAUCAUUUUGGGUUGAUUUUCCCAUGGGUAACUUCAAUAAUGUCAGUGGGCUCCCCAUCUGAUAAAGAUUACCAUGAAGAUAUCUCAAAACUACAGUCUCUUCUCUGUGGUCAGUCAAUUGAUGUAGCUUCAGCUCUGCCUGUCUUGGAGCCUCUGACUGAGGCUGGACACGUCGGCCUCACCAUCUGUGUUCUCUGCAGUUCCCAGCUGGGCAAGUAUGAAGAAGCCAUUGACCAGCUUCUCAGAAGGUGUCCUGAGGCAGCUGUGGUCUAUGCUCAGCACGAGCUGAAAGGUGACAGUCGGGCUGUGUGGUGGAACAAGCUGCUUCCUGAACUUUGCAAGAGAAUCAGACUUACUGGAAAAGAUUGCCCUGUUCUUGUUUCAUCACUGAAAGAAACUUUAUCAGUUGUUGCAACAGAACUGGAACUAAGGGAUUUCCUCAGUCUUCUACCAGAGGAUGGAACUGCAGCUUUUUUCCUGCCACAUCUUCUUCACUGCAGCCAGAGGAAGCUGCUGACCUAACAAUGGCAGUCUGCUAUGCACUCAAGUACAAAGAAUGUGCGGGAAUAAAGAACUAAAUUAAACAAAUAGUAGAACUACCUAUAAGGUACCGUGGGACUCCUCACAUAAAUCAUCUUGCUUCUCAGUUGAAACCUUCUGACAGCCCUUGAAUGACAGCUUUUGUCUGAGGCAAAGCAUCUGUUUUGAAGCUAAUACUGUUACACUCUGACAAAGGUCAGCAAACCAGAAUUCCUGCCAGGAAGAGCUGACGGAUAUAAAGAGAACUAUUGAACCGUUAGGCAGGAUCAUGCACCUUCUCAGUCAGGGUGAACUGACAGCCAGAUCAGCUAGAGAACACAGGCUGUGCAGCACACUUGGACAUACAGUGUUCACUGGGAGUUAAAGCAGGGGUCAGUCUUCAUUCUGUGCUAGUUAGCUGGAUCACUCACCUGGGGAGGAGUUUAAGCUCAGGCAUGUGUCUUAACUGGCUAAGCAAGUGCUUUAGUUUUCCAAGUGGAAUAGGGCCCCACUUACUGAAUUUUGCAACACAGACAUUCCCUUGAGGUCCAGGUGGCAAAACCAGUCAGCUGCUCUCUCAUCUUAGGUACAUACCCAUGCAUGUUACACUGAAAUGUUUUCAUUUAGCAGCUUACAAAAAAAGCCCAUAAAUCAAAGAGAAACAUGUUCCCAAGAGGAGUAGAAGAUAAGGACUACAGCUUGCUUGCUGGUGUUUGUUUUCUUUCUAAGGUUUUUUGGUACUUGUAGCAUGUAUGUACUGAUACUUGCCUUUAUUUUGGGCAGAAAACAUCCUUCGGCUGGAAUUCAGGCAUAAUCAACUGUCACAAUGUUUAUGAUCUUCUUAUGAAUGCAGUUUGGUUUUUUUUAUAAUCUACCACAAAUAAAGCAAAGACUGCAUGAUCCCAUAACACUCUAAAAGCCAAAUUAACUGAUACUGACUCUCAUAAAAUCAAAUUUUUGCUGGAUCUGUAAUGUUACUUAAACCUGUAUAAGUCAGAUCAUCUACACUGGAAAUAAUUAAGAAAGAAAAAAGAUUGUUUUAACAUUAUGUAUGAAGCACUCCUGGCACAGCAGAAGCCAGUGAUCUAAGUUACCAUUAGAGAUUGUGCUGGUAUCAGUAGAAUCUUUCUACAUUAAAAAAGGGCAAAGGGAUUUAGAGGUGUUGCAAAGAAGCAACUUCCUUCCUUCUGGUUGCUGUAAAGCCCAAAUGUUUUGCUUUGCCUCCUGUCCCAUUCAUCCUUCCCUGGUAUUUGACACAGGCCUAACAUCUGUGGAGCUGGGCUGUUACAACAGCUGGAUGGCACAAGGAUACCUGCUCUUAUUGCCUUCACUUUUGACCAUGCACUAAUUCUGCUGCUUCCAUCAGUCAUGAUGUGACUAAUUGGCCUGUGUCUGCCUGACACAGCUGACAGCACCAUGAGGCAGGAAGCUCUUGGGUUGAGUAGUCCUCACAUUCUGCCCCUCACUGUCUGACCUUUACCAGGCUUAUUUCAGCAUAACCUUGUCUUGUAAUUGUUUUCAUAACAGAAAAACAAUCGUGCAACCAUGAUCCCUCAGCCACUGCAUCUUUUAAAUUCACUAUUUUGAAAGAUGUUACUAGAUAAAAUUAUAAAACAGUUCAACAGAAACAAGAGAACCAUUCUGUUAGCUGUUCAGUUACACAACAGUAUAUAUAUUUUAAGUAUGAACCUAUGGAUAAAGUGAUAACCAAAUUCUUGUUUUCCAAGCAAUAACUGCUAACAUAGCUGACUAGUAAAAUGUGACAGUUGAUAUCUGAAAUAAAAAUUGCUGUUACACAAGAUAAGUACAUUUCAUUUGGCUCUUCCACGUUCCUCAGGAGUUAAAUAACAUGCAUUAGGCAUCACCUAGAAUAUGUUUAGUUUGCAGGGUACUAUUUUUAUUUAGAGAAAAAGAUACUUCUUAUCUGGUCUGUCCAUUCAGUGGUCUCAGCCUGGGGCCCUUUUGUUACCCGUGGGCCACGAAAUUAAAUCUUCGAAAACACAGGGAAGAUCAGUUGUCCAGGAGAUGGUAAUUCUCAAGAAAUGCUUCACUGAAGGAAGACUUUGGAGAAUCUCUGUGGUAAAAUGUCUUCAGCCUUGGGUGCCUGCUGUACUUAAAUUGGUGGAAUAAUCUUGGGUUUGUCUGUGAGGGGAGAAACAAAUUUUGUUACAAGCAUUUCAUCAAAAGAAUAGUCUGUGCAUAUGGACAAGAGCAUCCAAAAUGAGAGCAGUGCAUCCCAGUACCUUCUAGACACUGGCAGUUAGAUUUAAAAACAACUUUAAACUGCACUGAAGGGUAAGGUUUAAGGCCCUGUAGAUGGCUGAUUAUGCAAAGUUCGACACUGCUUCUGCAAGUUCAGGUCUUUUUCUACAUCUCUUUCUGUUUGCUCUUAUGUCAGCUUUUUAAUUAUCACUGUAAGUUUGUCACCACGUAUUCUGUAAAUCACACUGGUUUAUUAAAUAUAUAUGGAUUGUCCUUAA